AUGAAUGAAGAAUUGGAUCAGAAUACUUCAUUACAAGAGUCUCACUGGCGAUAUUUGAAUGGAUCAUCUUCCUACGCAUAUCGGAGCAACAUAACAUAUCUUCCCUUUUACCAGCAUUCUCAUUCCAUUGCAACAGUGUUUAUAGUCUCCUACCUGAUAAUCUUCCUCCUCUGUAUGCUGGGUAAUGGGCUGGUAUGUUUUAUAGUGCUCAGGAACAGGCACAUGCACACAGUUACCAACCUCUUCAUCCUUAACCUCGCUGUUAGUGAUCUUCUUGUGGGUCUAUUUUGUAUGCCUACAACUCUUGUGGAUAACAUCCUGACAGGGUGGCCAUUUGGAAGUUUUGUAUGCAAGAUGAGUGGGCUGGUUCAAGGAGUCUCUGUUUCAGCUUCAGUUUUCACAUUAGUUGCAAUUGCAGUGGACAGGUUCAGGUGCAUUGUGUACCCUUUCAAACAAAAGCUCGACAUAGUCACUGCCACUGUAAUCAUCGUUGUGAUAUGGGUUUUGGCCGUUUCAAUCAUGUGUCCUUCUGCUAUUAUGCUGCAAGUGAUUAAAUUGCCUGACAAUGUUAAAGUGGUCUCCACUACCAGCAACAAAACGUAUGCUUACUACCAAUGCUUUGAAGCAUGGCCUAAUCAGAAGAUGAGAAAUAUCUAUACCACAGUUUUGUUUGCCAACAUUUAUUUGGCUCCUCUAUCACUGAUUGUUAUCAUGUAUGCAAGGAUAGGGAUUACACUACUUAAAAGCAUUUUGCCUGCUGGUGGAAAACCUGGUCAGGAAAACCAAAAUUCUGUACCUAAGAAGAAGCAAAAGGUAAUCAAGAUGUUAGCCAUUGUAGCAUUGCUUUUCACUCUGUCGUGGCUCCCAUUGUGGACUCUAAUGAUGUUAUCUGACUAUGCAAGGCUCACCAACAGUCAGUUCAGAGUGAUAAAUUUCUACAUCUAUCCGUUUGCACAUUGGUUAGCCUUCUUCAAUAGUAGUGUCAAUCCCAUUAUCUAUGGCUAUUUCAAUAAGAAUUUCCGCCGUGGCUUUCAAACUGCUUUCAGGUUUCAGUUGUUCGCCUUCAAAAACAAACGCAGAGAGACCUAUUCUCGUACCAUACCAAACAAAAUAAUUUUACCAACACUGAAUAAAAUUGCACAGGAUCCGAUAACUAUAAACACAGAGGAUGUUGUUGAGCCUGGCACAAGCAAAUCAGUCAAAAAUGAAUGUAAAUAUAAUGAUGAUCUUGUCCUUGAAGAGUUAGACAAAGGCACAAACAAUGGUUUGCACAAAGAUUUGCUCUAG